GCUGACCUUUUGAUCAUGCUACAAAACUCAUCAACUCUUAUUAGCUUGUUGCAAUUUGGAUGUAGACGCCCGUGCGCCUGCGGCAUCAAGUGGCCUGAGACUUUACAGUAGCCUAUCGACAGGUCAGAUCGAAUGCCCUGAUGAGACAUCCAGUUGACACAGCGGCUGCCAUGGCUUACCAUCCUUUACAUGCUUAUCGACCAGGUGCCUUGCCCUGGUCAGCCUUCUUUACCGCCACUCAGCCCUCGUUUUUCCCCGACGUCGCCUCCCUGUCAGAGUCUCUGUCGGAGCAGGAUGCCUCUAACGCGGGGCUGCACGCAGCUCUGAGACACCAACAUCAGCCAGCUCACCCGCGGUCCGUGAAAAGCCUGCAGUCAGAGGAAGAGCUGGAUGAUGACCCGAAAGUCACGCUGGACUCGAAGAAUUUAUGGAAUGAAUUUCACAAAAUGGGAACCGAGAUGGUAAUUACAAAAUCUGGAAGGAGGAUGUUUCCGCCAUUCAAAGUGCGGGUAGACGGGCUGGUUGACACAGCAAAAUAUAUCUUGCUGAUGGACAUUGUCACUGCUGAUGACUGCCGCUACAAGUUUCACAACUCCCGCUGGGUGGUGGGUGGAAAAGCUGACCCGGAGAUGCCAAAGCGCAUGUACAUCCACCCGGACAGCCCUUCCAAAGGAGAUCAUUGGAUGAGCAAGCCCGUCGCUUUUCAUAAACUCAAACUCACCAAUAAUAUUUCUGAUAAGCGCGGAUUUACAAUCUUGAAUUCAAUGCAUAAAUACCAACCCAGAUUUCAUAUUGUGAGAGCCAACGACAUAAUGAAGCUUCCAUACAGUACCUUCCGGACUUACGUUUUCCCGGAGACGGAGUUCAUCGCUGUCACUGCCUAUCAGAACGAAAAGAUUACACAGCUAAAAAUCGACAACAAUCCCUUUGCCAAAGGAUUCAGGGACGCUGGAAAUGGGAGACGAGAAAAAAGGGAUAAGCAGUUGACCAGUUCUGCGCUGCAUGAGAACCAAAGCAAAGCAGACCUGGACUGUGCUGAUUCUGAUGACUCAUGUGAUCUACCCAGUGAUCAGUUUUAUUCCCCUUGGGAGCUAGUGAGCAGCCCUCUGAUGUCCACACCAAUCUGUCAAGAUGAGAACAAUAUUGGAAGUGAUUCAGACAAUGAUCUACAAGAUGAGGACAUAGCUGAAGGCAGCCCUUCCAGGACUGAACAUAGGCCUAUAUCUACUUUAAGUCCGAAGAGCAAGGAGAUACUGUGGAACAAGUCUGCUCUCAGUAAGAGCAACAGCAAUCAGGCGACAACAUCAGAAAGAACAGUGUUUAGAAUGUCAGAUGAUACGUACCCUAUGGAGAUCGAUCCUUCAAAAAAGCGAAUGAGAAGAAUCCAAGAUGGGGUCCUGCCCAUGAGGUUGCAAAAGCAGAGCUCGCCAUCCCCCAGCGUUGGUCAGCUUCAGACUUUGGAUUUCUCAAGUGCGCAUAGCCAAAAAUUUCUUAAACUUGGGGCACCUUUGUUGUUUCAUCCUGGACAGUUGUCAGUAAAGCCAGAGGCAUUUUCCGCCACGGGUGUUGGACAUCUGUUUUCUUCUUCGCCUGGAGAAAAUGACAUAGAAAAUGGUGUCCUUUCUUCUCAAAGCAUCACCCCUCCCUUCAUGUGUCACCUGGCACAGCACAUGCUGCCAUCUCAGGGAAUUUCACCAUUUGGAGGAUUGUUCUCCUAUCCCUACAACUACGUGGCAGCACCAGUUGCAAUUGCUUCAGCUCUCCCCACCAGUUCUGCAACCUCUACGCUGACUGGAAAGAACUGUUUCCGCUUCCCUCAGCCAUGGUUACGAUUCAGCCCUUAUCAGAUCCCCACUUCUGUCACCUCGAGCCAAAACCUGCUCACAACCAGAUCGCCUGGCAGUUCAAACUCACAAUCUGAGCUGUCCAAAUCAGGGAGCAGCUCAAGUCAAGUGUCUGACCAUCACUGCCACAAAACCAAGGCCAAACAAUAGCCAAAAACAUUGUGGACUAUGGGUCCGAUUAAUGCAAAACAUGCACUAUGUGGUUUAAGGACUUGAUAAACCACUUCAUCCACAAUAGAUGGAUACGGAUUUUGGAUGAUAGACACACAGACACAUUUAUGAAGUAGCACAUAAUGAUCACCUAAAAUAACUGUUUUGUCAGAAAAUGCAUGUCAUGAUAGUAUUUAAUGGUGGAGUAUGCAAUUCCGGAGAAA